ACAUGCUCAGAGGCAACAAGAUGAGAUCUGGCUGGAUUAAAGGAUCACUUCUGGGCUUUGUCGUGGCUUUUGCCUUGUUAUAUCUCAGCUCCAUAAAACAUGAGGUCCAUACCCAUUCAGAGAGACUCCAGAGGGCCCACCAGAAUGACUCCAUCAGGGGACAGGGAAUGCUUAAGAGGAUGGACAAAAUGGAAGCAGACAUCAACAGGCUGCUCAAUCUGAUGAAUAAAAUUGAAAAGAAGGAACCGGUGGCACAGAACGCAGAGGUGAAGAAGGAGAGGAAGGUGGUGAGGAAGCUGUUCCCAAACUCGGCUCUGUUCAGGAAGUGGGGAGACGAGCUGUCAGAGGAGGAGCAGAAGGAGGCAGAGAAGUUGUUUCAGAGAUACGGCUACAACGCCUUCCUCAGUGACAGGCUCCCUCUCAACAGAGAGAUCCCUGACACCAGACACCCCAGGUGUGCUGAGAAGAAGUACCCAGAGGAUCUGCCUUCCAUCAGUGUUGUGUUAAUAUACCUGGACGAAGCUCUUUCUGUCAUCAAAAGGGCCAUCCGUAGCAUCAUUGACAAGACACCAGCUCGUCUGCUGAAAGAAAUCAUUCUGGUAGACGAUCACAGCAGUAACGAGGAUCUAAUGGAGAAGCUGGAUGAAUACAUCACCUUGAUCCACGAGGAGCGUCCAGGCCUGGUGAAGAAAGUCCAGCACUCUCAGCAGCUCGGCCUCACGCAAGCCAGACUGUCUGGAUGGAAGGCUGCUGCAGGGGACGUGGUGGCCAUCUUGGAUGCUCACAUAGAAGUCCAUGUGCAAUGGGCAGAGCCACUGUUAGCUCGCAUUAAAGAGGACCGCACCGUGAUACUGACGCCAGUGUUUGACAAAGUCAAUUUUGAUGACUUGACGCUGAUACCCUACAUACCUGCGGCCGAUGCCUUCGACUGGGCUCUGUGGUGCAUGUACGAGUCCUUCAGACCUGAGUGGUACGAUUUGAAGGACGAGUCACAACCUGGCAAGAGUCCGUCAAUCAUGGGGAUUCUUGUUGCUGACCGCAAGUUCUUCGGCGAGAUUGGAAGCCUCGACGGUGGAAUGAAGAUAUACGGUGGUGAAAACGUGGAGCUCGGCAUCCGGGUGUGGCUUUGUGGAGGCAGCAUAGAGGUUAUACCUUGCUCUAAAAUUGCCCACAUUGAACGAGCAUCAAAGCCCUACCUCCCAGACCUGAGUGUGAUGGUGAAGCGUAAUGCGCUGAGGGUGGCAGAGGUGUGGUUGGAUGAAUAUAAAUAUAAUGUCAACAUUGCCUGGAACCUUCCCCUGGAGAAUCAUGGGAUAGACAUCGGGGAUGUGUCAGAGAGGAAGAAGCUGAGAGAGAGGCUGAACUGUAAGCCCUUUAAGUGGUAUCUGGAUAAUGUAUACCCCAUGCUGGACCCCCUGGAUGACCUGAUUGGCUAUGGAGCUCUGAUAAGUGAUCUGAAGCCAGAACUCUGUAUCGAUCAGGGCCCAGUGCCUGGAAACACACCUAUUGUUUAUGCGUGCCACUACUACUCACCUCAGCAUUGUUAUUACCGCUCCAAUGGACAACUCUACAUCGGCGGAAUCAAAUCUCACAAGUACAACAGUAACCGCUGUCUGGUGGACUCCGGCACUGGAGUCUACCCUGGACUGUAUGAGUGCAGAACGGCCCAGCAAAAGAAGUUCCACAUGCUAUGGGAUUUUAAACAGGAUGGACCUAUCCAGAACAGAGAAACAAAGAGAUGCCUGGAAAUCGCGAUGGGUGAAGACGGCUAUUACAAACUUGUUGUACAGCAGUGCAGUGGUCAGAACUGGAAAAUACAAAACCUCAUCCAAAACCACCUGGUGGGCAGGCCCCGGAAGUCAGGAUAAUAAAUGAGCCAUUAUUGAUAGAAUAUAGAAGAACUUUUGACCUUUGAAUUUGGAACUGAAUUUCAUCUUUGGGGUGAGUUUACAUUUGAGUUUACAUUUUGCACUGGACAACUUGGAUUCUCAGGAUUGUGAUUGUUUUUAUUUAAUUCUUGUUUUGUCAUCAUGUGAUUUUGACAAAUGUAACUUUGUAACAUAAAAUACUAACUACCACUGAGUAGUUAUUUUUCUUUUUUCUUAGUUUUGAACACAAAACAGCUUUUACAGUUUUUGUUUAAAAAUUAAGACAAAAAAUGGCUGUGGAUGACUUUGACUUUGAAUGUUGUUUCACUAAACACUCUGUUUAGAAGUAAACACAGUUCAGAGGCUCCUAUGUACCUGCCUUCCUUUGCCACACCAGGGUAUGCUACACUCUUAUCAGCCUUUCCUUUACACAAGAAAUGUAGAUCCAAGGAGGUACUUUGCAUUGAAUCUGAAUUGUUUAAAUAAAGGCUGGUAAAAGCUCACAGAUGUUUGUGUAGUGCUAAACUAAAUCAAACAUUCAAGUCAAACAGGAUCCUUUACAGUUUGGCUGUCAUGAGUUACCAGCAAUGAAAGCGUCCCAUUUGUUCUGCCACAUGACGCGGCCUGUAUCCUUCAGGUGACCUGGUAGCGAGCUGUACCUGCAGGCAAAAGAAACUUGCAAUGAUACUGGACUCAUGAAACUGUGAAAUGUGUUAUAGGAUAGCUUCAUUGUAGGCUGGAAAUCACAUAUUCUCUACUGCAAUUAAAACCUUCUGUGAAUUUUUUCUACUUUCCCAGGCUUUGAUUUCCAUUCACUUCUGUUCUAAGUCUCUGCAAAUUAACUUGCACAGACUUAGAACUUGCCAGUUUGCCACCAAUGGUUUUUGUAAGAGGUUAAAUUGUUCCUGUGCUGCUAUAUUUUCAGACAGGGAUGUCUUUAAUUUUCUCUUUGGUGCUGCAUUCAAGGACACCCCAACAUCUGAAUCCAGGAGACAAAUGCUAAGCAAAUAUGGCCACAGUGAAAAAGAUAAUUUUGGCUACACGUUGCUGUUGGUCCAUUUCAUGAAAAGUAAUUUGCGAGCACUUUGCGAGGCCUACAGAGCUCUUACAUUAACAGGGUUCAAGUAUGGCAUCUGUUUCGAUUACUGAAAUGUGUCAAAAUUUAGUCAAGGUUUCAGAUGUUAGAGGGGCCACUGAACACACCACCAGGAAGAGGUUUUUGAACAAGACCCUGUCCUUCACUACAUUAUAUUAAUUUGGCAACAGUUUUUUUUUUUUUUUUUUUUACUUAUUAAAACCAAUGGUGGCCUGAAAGAUAGGAAAUUGAUCUAAAAUGAUUUCUUAGUACAAAAUCUGUUGUUAACAUGUUAAAAGAUAAAAGGCCAAAGUAACAUCAAAAACAGACAUGAGAGAAACAAAAUCAGUUGAUUCUGACCUGAUAGAGUUGACAGCCAGUUCUUUCAGAGUGCCCAGGUUUGCUUUCAAUCCUCCGAUGCCCACAAAGGCCUGAUAGAAGUCGUAGGAGAGGCCUGUGGUACCGAACAGAGACGGGUCAUCAGAGCUGAUCACCAUCGGGUGGCCCUCAGACAUCAGCACAGCGGCAGGGUGGUUCCUAAGGUCUGAUACAAGCUUCAGCACCUGGAAAUCAGACGUUAAAUACACACAGACACUUACUUACAGUAUAUGACGACAGGUAUGCUUUUUUUUCUGUUGUGCCAAAGAAUAUGUUAAUCUAACCUGAUUUGAGAUGGGGCACAGCUCCACGGCCACAUUUCUUUUCCUAGAAAGCUCUUUGGCGAGUGGAUGGUGUGCCAAAGCGUAGCCGUGCCCAAUGCGUGUGGUGUUGAACAGAAGGGCAUCAAGAAUGUUUUGAUCUAUGUC